AUGUGCUCCACUAAAAACAGCGCGGAGUUUCACCCUUCAACCUCAGAUCCCGCUCUGAUCCUGGAGCUGAAGACCAGACGCCCCCUGUCACUGGAAGGACGAGCGGACUGUGAGACAUGGAGCGUGGACUUCUCCCCGGACGGAGCCUGGUUCGCCUGGUCCAUGGGUCACGGCAUAGUGUGGGUUGUGGCUUGGCCGCUGGACUCAGAAGAAAGACAACAUGAAGACAUCGACCGAGAGGACAAGAGCUUCAGCUGUGGACAGCCAGUGUGGGGACUCGCUUUCGGACCCAGACCUCCGAAAUCAAAUGCUGCUUCUUCAGCAAAAAAUAUAAAAAAGGGAAAUAACAAUGGCACACUGCUUCUGGCGACCGGCUUGGAAAGUGGAGUAAUUAAAAUCUGGAAUGUUUUAACAGGUGAUGCUGUUUUUGAUCUGCAUGGACAUGAGGGAGUUGUCAGAAAUCUUAUUUUUCCUCAAAAUGGAACUCUCACUCUCAUCUCUUCUUCUCGAGACAAGACCUUAAGGAUCUGGGACCUGACUCAUAAAGGUAAAAAGGUGCAGGUGUUGUCUGGACAUAAGGACUGGGUGAGCUCUUGCUGCGUGUCAUCUGACUGCAGUAUGAUUGCUUCUGUUGGAAGAUUUGACAGAAUGGUGUGUUUAUGGAGUCUGCGCUCUUACACAUUCAUCAGGAAACUAAGCGGGGGCACCCAGAAGACUUUGUAUCUUCUGUCCUCAUGUGACUUCUCUCCUGACGGAGCGCUCCUGGCCACAGCAGCCUUCAGUGGCUCCAGUUGGUGGAUUGACCUAUGGGACCCUUACACUGCACAGAAGGUGUCCACUUUAAUUGACUACUUUGAAGAUUAUGGCCAAAAUCAAAUCUCAGCGCUGCAAUUCUCUCCCAACGGACUGCACUUGGCAAUAGUGACUGACGACAGACCACUACAAAUCUGGGAACCUGGCAAGAAGGGAAUGGUUAUGCAAGCGAAAACCGACCGAAGAUCCAAUGGGCUGUGUUGCAAUUACCAUCCAGCAGGGGGUGUGGUUGCUACAGGGACGAGGGAUGGCCAUGUGAGGUUCUGGCGCGCCCCGCGGACCGUGCCCUGCCUGAGUCAUCUGUGCCGGUCCAUCUUGCGCCACUCUGUGUCCACUCACCAAAUGGAGCCUCUACCUCUGCCCAAGAGGAUCCUGGAGUAUCUGACCUACAGGAACAUCCCGGACCUCAAGACCUGCUGCUCCGACGACGAGGAGGAGGAGGAGGAGGAGGAGCUUAAACUCGUUAGGAAGCAACACACAAUGCAAUAA